UUUCUUUGUUUUUAUUGACUAAACAUAUGCGCUGUGGAAUAAUAAAAAAGAGUUGGAAAUAUGUCCGCUGUUAGCGAUUCUGCGGGUGCAGAUAACUGCUUUGAUAUUGAAAAAGUCUCAGAUUUAUUUGAAGGUAGCUUAAUAGACGAUGAUGAUGUACGCAUGGACGACUAUUUGGAAGCGUAUGAGGAGAUAAUGAAGUUCUUCCUGCUGAUGGGCAGCGUGUUUACCUUUGUAAGCAGCGACGUGCGAAACAAACUGGAUAUACUGUAUGAUCUACGGCAGCAGGACAACGAAGAAAACAAACACUUCGAUAGUAUUAAGACUAUGCUGCUAUAUGAGAAAGGAGCCAGCCUCCUGCACCAAAAAGGCUACGUGUCUGGCAGUCGGACCUUAUUGCGUCUGCAUCGUGGCCUAGAGUUUGUGUACGAGUUUCUGCUUCGACUGCAAGACGUGGCAGAUGAGGAGAAGGCGCACCAUAUCUGCAAAUCAGCUUACAAUGAUACCCUGGCCAAGCACCAUCCAUUCCUCAUACGUAAAGGCGCUCAAGUAGCCAUGUUUGCAAUACCCACGCGCGGCGAACUCUUCAAGCGCGUCUGCAACGAUGCGAAUGUGUCGAACGCCAUUCAAAGGCUGCCUGAUAUGUUGCGGAAUAUGCAAAAUGUCUACAAUCGCACGGAUCAGCUUUAUACGCUUGAGGAGCUCCACAGCCUGCCUUAGAGCUGUCACUGAAUAGGUCAUUAUUGAAAUUGUAGCGUAAUGUGGAGCCCAUUAGCCAUUCUCUGUCUUAUUGCGUAGUCCAUUCCGAUAUUAGAGUCGUUGUUUGUAUUUAUUGCUUCUGCUCGUGUUUGUCUAAUUAAAGCUUUAGCAUUCGACUAAGGAAUAUCUCUCAUCUA